UGAUAUUUUGACUUUUGAGUUAGAUUCAUCUCGCUAAAGUUAUUUAAAUUUUGAUAGAUUUAAUUAAUCAUUACACGAAAGAGUUAUCGCCACGAAGUGUACAUUAUGUAAAUUAUUUUAUUCUUACAAUUAACACGAUGUUUCGUACACACCUAAGGAUUUCAGUACCACAUAAGCUUCAACGUAAUAAGCAUACAAGUAAACUAGAUGCAAUUAGAGAAAAGAUCAGAAGUGGACCUAGCUUGGGGGACUUCAUUACAGAAGAUAGACCAAAAGACUGGAAUGACUAUGAGGGCAAACUAAAAAGAGAAAAAGGUGAAUCAGAAAGAUUAAGAUUACCACCAUGGUUGAAGACAUCCAUUCCUACAGGGUCAAAAUUCAGUGGUUUGAAACAACAAUUAAGGAGCUUAAAGCUAAGCACUGUAUGUGAAGAAGCUCGAUGUCCCAAUAUUGGUGAAUGUUGGAGUGGAGGCAAACAUGGUACUUCCACAGCCACAAUAAUGUUAAUGGGAGACACAUGCACGAGGGGAUGUAUGUUUUGUUCUGUUAAGACAUCCAAAGCUCCUCCUCCACUAGAUCCUGAUGAACCAUUUAACACAGCAUAUGCCAUCAAGCAGUGGGGACUAGGAUACAUAGUACUCACAUCUGUAGAUAGAGAUGAUCUGCCCGAUGGCGGCUCUUCACAUUUAGCUCAAACUGUUCAAGAAAUUAAAAAGCAGAACAGUGAGAUCCUAGUCGAAUGUCUAGUGCCAGACUUCACCGGCAACAGGGAGUGUGUCGCUACGAUCGCAAACAGCGGGCUUGACGUGUUCGCUCACAACGUGGAGACGGUGGAGAGCCUUACACCAUUCGUCAGGGAUCGCAGGGCGGGAUAUCGACAGUCACUGAAGGUUCUCGAAACUGCCAAAGAAAUCAACCCCGACGUUGUGACAAAGACAUCUAUAAUGCUGGGACUGGGGGAGACCGACGAACAGGUGGAACAGACUAUGAAAGAUCUCCGUUCCUCAGGGGUAGACUGUCUCACCCUGGGUCAAUACAUGCAGCCCACCAAGCGUCACCUGAAGGUGCAUGAGUACGUCUCCCCCACCAGGUUCCAGCAGUGGGAGCAGCGCGGUGCCGAGCUGGGGUUCCUGUACACAGCCAGUGGGCCGCUGGUUCGCUCCUCGUACCGCGCCGGGGAGUACUUCAUCACCAGCCUUCUUCACAAUAGGAAGGCUAAGAGCGCCUGACGGAACACGUGGCACAAAAUAUUGCUUUUUGGAAUUAGUUCUGUGUCUAACUGAUAUUGUAGGUACAAAUAAUUAUCUUGGCCGAAUGAAUAUUCGAUGUUGAUUUUAGUUUUAGUCUUGUAGUUGCUUAUUAAAAUAAAGUCGUCAUUCUUAAUUUUACAACGUUUUACAGCUUGUCACAAAAUAUAGACAAACUUGUGUAACCGAUUUUAACACGGUUUUCGCUAAUUGGCGUGAUUUGUAAGGAUGGUUUUAUUAUGUAUAUAGAGAAUCCCAAAGGAUUAACUGUCAAAAGUGUAAAUAAAAUCAGAAUAUAUAUUUUUGUAUAGAAAUUCGAGUAUUUUCCGUGCAAAUAGGCUGUCUUAUUUACUUUGUGUUUUUAUUUUCAAUGGCAUUUGGCCAAAUGGGAUCUGAAAUUACAGAAAUAAAUCAAUAUUAUGUUAUGUAAAUAUGUGAUAGAUAUAUUAUACGGAUUGACUUGUUGUUA